AUGAUGCUCCGCAGUCAAGCGAAGAACAUUGACAUUGCACAGGGUAAACAUAUUUCGUUGAAGUUCUGUAAUCGUAACAAAUUGUCAAAUUUUAGCAGAUCCACGUCACAAGCGAAAGCAGAACGAGCAACUUGAUACACUCAAGAACCCAUCGGAGCCCGUCGCUAAGAAGCAGCACAAUAAGGUACGCUCAAUUAAGCUUUCUUGCCCUCGGUAUUUGCAGACUAAACCAAUAUUUUAUUUCUAUCUAAAAUCAGGCUUGAGUACGUAAACACGCAAGAGCGAUACAUUGAUUAAAGACAAUCCAUUCUCAAAUUUUUCUCUUUCAGGGGCUUACUGAGCUCAGAGCUCACAUUUCUGGAUUCCAAAUAGACUCGGCGAAACGUGACCCAACUGCUCCGAAGCCAGACAAGGAUGUUGAGAACAUUCCGCCGCAAGGAGCCGCCAUCCACAAGCUCUCUCUUCAAGCUGAGGACCCUUGUCCACACUACGACUACGACCUGGAAGAGGCUGGCAAUCCGGACAGCGUCUCUGAGUACGCUCCAGAUAUUUUCAAGUACUACAAGGCCAGAGAGAACCACUUCCGUGUGUUCGACUAUUUGGAAAGGCAUCCGGAGAUCGAUAUCAAGACACGCGCCAUUCUCAUUGAUUGGAUGGUGGAGAUUCAGGAAACCUUCGAGCUCAAUCAUGAGACCCUCUACAACGCCGUCAAACUUACCGACAUGUACCUCUCCAAAACGGAAAAAGUAGACAAGAACACGAUCCAGAAGCUGGCGUGCGUCUCCGUCUUCAUCGCCUCCAAGUACGAUGAGCGCUCACCGCCACUCGUGGAUGAUCUCAUCUAUUUGUCGGGUGACCGUUUCACACGCGACGAGCUUCUCGCAAUGGAGAGAGAACUGUUCGCCGCUGUCGACUUCGAUUUAGGGAGUCCGCUCAGCUACCGCUACCUCCGUCGUCUGGGACGUGUAUGCCGCAUCGACAUGAAGACUCUGACACUGGCUCGGUACAUUCUGGAAACCACUCUUCUCGUGUACGAUUACGCGCUCGUGUCGCAGAGUCGUCUGGCCGCUGCCGCCUUCCUUCUGGCGAUGCGAAUGACCGACAAAGAGUACGAGUGGAGCCCAGUGCUUGAGAAGUAUUCCGGAUACACCGGACAGGACAUCUUACCGCUCAUGGAGCAUGUCAACCACACCAUGCACUACGUCAACAAGAAGUGGAGCCAGCUCACCAGCAUUCGUCAGAAAUAUUCCCAUGAGUAAGUUUCCCUUCAAUCUAACUGUAAGAACAAUACCAAACAAUCUAAUUUUCCAGAGUCUUCUUCUCCGUAGCGCAUAUGCCGCUUAUCCAAGACACUUACUCAUGGUCUACGACGAUCGCUCCACUUCCAGCUAUCGAGUAUCCUUAA